GGCCGGGCCGCGCCCCGGGCGGGCGGGCGGCGGGGCGGGGAUGCUGUCGCGGAAGAAAACGCGCGCCGAGCUCUCCAAACCCGGCGAGGUGCAGGGCAAGUACGUGAUCAAGGAGACGAGCCCGCUGCUCCGCAACCUGAUGCCUUCGUUCAUCCGUCACGGUCCCACGAUCCCCAGACGAACAGAUCUCUGCCUUCCAGACCUGGGCUCUUCCGCCUACUCAGCCGGUGGGGAUGGCGCCGUCUCCAGAAACCAGAGCUUCCUUAGGACUCCGGUACAGAGGCCUUCUCAUGAGAUAGUAAGACGUGAAAGCCACAGACUCUCUGCCCCUUCCUGCUUUGCCAGAAGUUUGGCCGAGGUUCCCUGGGAAUACGGAUUAUCUUCGCAGUCCUUUUUAACAGAGGCCAACUCGGUUACUGAAAACGGAGAUGCUGGAUCCCGUUACUAUUAUGACCACUUCUAUAAUGGUCAGCGGCGGCCCCGGCUGGGGGAUCACGCGCAGGAGGACGACCGAUACUAUGAGCCCAGCACGGACCUCAUCCAACGGAUGUCGCAGAAGCAGGGAAGGCGUAGUUCAGGCAUUGGAAGAGUAGCUGCUACGUCGUUAGGAAACUUGACAAACCACAGUGCCGAAGACUUCCCUCUCCCUCCCGGCUGGUCAGUGGACUGGACUCUGAGAGGAAGAAAGUACUACAUAGACCACAACACUAACACAACACACUGGAGCCACCCGCUCGAGCGCGAGGGACUGCCUCCGGGAUGGGAACGUGUGGAGUCGCCCGAGUUCGGCGUGUACUAUGUUGACCAUAUCAAUAAGAGAGCGCAGUACAAGCACCCUUGUGCGCCCAGCGUUCCCCGUUACGACCAGCCUCCGCCUGUGACAUACCAGCCGCAGCAGACGGAGCGAAGCCAGCCGAUCCUGGUGCCCGCCAAUCCGUACCACACUGCAGAGAUCCCCGACUGGCUGCAGGUCUACGCCAGGGCCCCCGUGAAAUACGACCACAUCCUGAAGUGGGAGCUCUUCCAGCUGGCUGACCUGGACACGUACCAGGGGAUGCUGAAGCUGCUCUUCAUGAAGGAACUGGAGCGGAUAGUGAAGCUGUACGAAGCGUACCGGCAUGCGCUGCUCACGGAACUGGAGAACCGCAAGCAGAGGCAGCAGUGGUACACGCAGCAGCACGGCAAGAAUUUCUAGCCGCCUCUCCUCGUGCUCUCGAAAUUGUGACCAGCGCUUUGGUUAAAAGGGCAGCUUUCUCUUUACUGAUCUUGCACCUUCUGUAAUUAUCUCCUUUGUGUAUCAUGUUUAUUGAAUACAAAAGACAUUUGUUAUAUUGUACAAAGAAGUUAGUUUCUUAUUCUGAGAGUCAGUGUAGAGACAAGAAAAGGCACAUUAUUUUGUCUGGUGUCUCUUUUAUACCAACAGUUAUACCUUGCAGAAGCAAAUUUUAUUUUUCAAACAAUACCUGUCCUUGUAAGCGAAGACCUGAACCUAGUUAAGCCUCUUCAGGGAACCCCACUUCCCACGUACAGCAGACAAUCCAGGGCAAGCAGCCUGCCUGCUGGAAUAGAUCGAACAGCCUCACAGCGCCUUUACUGAAGCCUUGCCAAAUAGGGUUUUCGGGCGGUCCUCCCUCCCCCAAACAAGUCCUGCCUUACUGUGACUGUUCGGCACGGUUCCCGUUGACCACCCCUCGGCCCAGGGGGCUCCUGGCCCAGCAGGUGCUGCCUGCAGGCUGGCAGGAGCAGCUUGCAGCUGUGGCGCUCUUCCAGAAAGGUAACAGGGCGGAUCUGGCCCGUAAGGGGGUGGCUGCGAGAGCUGCUGGGGAUUGAGUGAAGGGAGCAGCCCCUCGGCCCAGCCGUCUGGACUCCGGCUUGCCAUGACCAAAGCAACCGCGGCAGCCAGGCUGCGGCAAAGCUGCCUUGGCGGCCAGGACUUGGGGUCACUUGGCUCACGCCUCGAUGCGUGAGGCAGCCAGCAGUAUCGCUUGUGGGGCCCGCAUAAGAAAAGCGGCUUCUCUUGUGUGUCCUGUAAAACCUGAACAUUAAAUAAAAUUUGUUUUUGUUUUA